AGGUGCCUAUCUAGCGAGCGCCCCCUAUGAAGCCCCGAAGUUCAAAGAAUGGCAGUUCUUCACUUUAUCAGACGCGCUCUGGCUUCAGCAAACCUACGGAAAAAGAUGGCGCUGCCCAUGUUAAGAGGUUGUUUCAGGUUGCAGUCAACAUUUAGCUUCAGUCGCCUGUUUUUAAAAGAGCGACUCGUCCUGAACCGGCUCGGUAACAGGCGACUACCUCCCUGUUCUCCCGCCGCUGUCGCGGCAGCGGUCCGUCGCUAUAGCUCGGACCAGGGAGAGCAAAAGCACCAGAAGGUGGUGGUGGUCGGCAUCCCGAACCCCUUCAUCUGGUUCCGCACCCGGAUUUACUACUUCCUCAUCAGGACGUACUUCGACAAAGAGUUCAGUAUAGAGGAAUUCACGGAGGGGGCGAAGCAGGCCUUCUCUCAUGUUUCCAGGCUGCUGUCACAGUGCCAGUUUGAAGCCUUGGAGGGCCUCGUAGCUAAAGACCUGAUUGGGAAGCUGGAGGAAAAGUGCAACCUGCUGCCUUCCGACUAUAAGAAAGCACUGUCUGCAGAGCCCGAUGAGAUCAUGUACACAACCCCCGGGGAUGUGGGAAUCUUCUACGAUGACAACGGUAGGAAGUUUGUCAGCAUCUUGAUGCGUUUCUGGUAUCUAACGAGCGCACGCCUUCCCGAAGACUCCAUGGAGGGAACUCGUAUCUUCCAGAUGGCCAUUGGAGAAGGAGAACCAGAAACUAAAAGACUGCUUACUGCAAUUUAUGAAUUCCAGAGGGAGUUUACUAAAGGAGUUCCUCCAGACUGGACCAUCACCAGGAUAGAGCACUCCAAGCUUUUGGACUGAGGUGGUGUUGAAAGGAAAAUAGUCACAGCUCAAGAUUAUCCACACAGGGGGGAGUGAGACACAGCUCCUCAACGAAAAGGACUAAGUUGGAUUUAUCCACAAUUUACUUAAGCAAAGACACAGGAGCCAAUCACAGCCGCUCUACUAAAUACCACCUUGAACUCCUGAUUUGAUUCCUCGCUCUUUCAUGACGUAGAAAUUAGAGAUUUAAGCCUGAUUUGGCUUGUAACCCCUGCUCUCAAAAGUCGAACACUUUCAGGAAGAAAGUGUUAUCUUCCAGUUAACAGUCAUGUGAUCCCAGAUGGGUGGGUCUUCAGACAGAUUAACAGCGACCAGCUGAUUUGAAAUGAAUACAUUGUGAUGGUGCUGAUGCGAUAAAUGUCUCCCAGCUCAAUUUGACCUGAGUCUGACGAAGUGACUGAAACCACUGAGAUUUUUUUAAUCUUUUUUCAGUCUUCGAUCUGCUGCUGUGUAUUCUCAUCUUUCAAAGCUGAACACAUUAUGAGAUUAAACACUUCAUGUGAAAUCAUUCCUUGAGAGAAAACACUCACUGUUUUUCAGAGAAGACCGACGGACGUCUGUUUCUGUAACUAUGGAGCUGCGAUCAGGAUGUACGUGGCAUUUUUUUUGUUUUUUGUCUCUGAUUUAUUUCCUGACCCUUUGCCUUCAGGAGUUUUUGGAGUAUGUACCUGCUGUACAUGUGUCUCUGAUGGUUAAGGCAGCUUCACGAAGCUGCAGCAGACUCGGUUUUAUUAAAGAUUUGAGGAAUGAAGUGUAUGCUGCUCCUGUGCAGUUUCUGACACGUUUGUUGUUAUAUAUGCUGACAGCGUGUUUGUGGAUGUUCUAGAUUU